AUAUAAAAUGCUAGUUGAGCAACGCCACAAGCUCAGUGUCAAACCGUGGGUCCACAAUUCACAGCAUAAGUGAAAAAUUGCACCGCAAAUCAAAAAACUUGAAAAUGUCGGCGUAUAGACGAUUAUUUAUUUCGAUGAUGGGCUUGCUGGCAAUGCAGUUAGCGGCAACACACCCGCUCUUAUCAUUUAGCCCUUUGUUUGUUUCGGAAGAAGAGCAAGGAUUUGUAAGGAACAUUGAUUAUGUGGACCGUUUGCACUCUUCAGAGGAAAUGCCGACUAAAUCGGGUGACAGUAUAUGCGAUAAUUAUAUGAUACACAUGACACCAAAAAUUAUGCAAAUCACUUACGAAACAUUCGCUAAAGCUUUGGUACGCGACUCCAGAGAAGUCACUAAACAGAAGUUGAGAGAAGUGAAAGCGACGAUUUCCGAAAAAGAAACGAGUGUCGAUUAUUUUUUCCUUAUGAUGAAAACUUUUCGUAAAGUCAAUGUCACGUGGGAAGGCGAACUAAUAUACCUCGCACUUUGGGAAAUGGUUGAGGAAGCCGAAAAUUCUGAAAACGGCGUAAGGAAAACAACUUGGUUGGAUCAGUUAUUUGAACGCAUCAGAUGUACGGUGCUAACUACUGAUUUACAGCGAGUUAAAAGUAAUUUGGUGGACGAAAUCUCUAUCGAAAAAGAAAUAAGCGAACACUUCGACUUGUUUAAGCAAUUUUGGUUGGCCUACGCCAAAACAAAGAGAACACGUAGGGAGACUACCAAUGCACCAAUAGCGGAGAAGAAACGCGUAAAUGAAGAUUUUUCAUGUAUUAUUGGUAUAAUUGAGUCGCCUUUAGUCACAGCCAACAUAACAUACAGCAUAUUUGGUGAGGUCCUCACACGUGAUUCGAAAAUAGUUGUUGAAAAGAAAUUGGAGCAAUCGCAGACCAUGAAUACGAGUGAUGUAAACGAUUUGUCUAAAAUGCUGAGGAAUAUUGAGUGCGUUCAAAUUCUUAAUGCAACUCAGCAAGGACAAAUAAUGUACAAGAAACUGGAGAUAAUCAAUCGAGAAAGGGAUGAAGAUUCACUCUGGCAAAAUAAUCUUAUGUAUCGUAUUUUCUGUUAUGCGCAGAACAUGCACUCGGAUGAUUUCAGUAACUUUAUUGAGACUAUCUCAAUGACAGACACAAUUAAAGAGCACUUUGACGUAUUCAAACAAUUUUGGCUAAACUAUCCAACUGUCUAUAGUAAUGAUUCUAAAUUGUACUGGCCUUUUGAUGUUAUAUGGAGUUUCGUCAAAAAUAGUAAAAAUAUGUGUUAGUGAAUUAUUGUUUAAAAUGUUUAAAAAUAGUGUAAAGUCAAUAUUGUUUUUAUUUUGUAAAAAAAUAUGUUAUACUUAGUGAAUUUAUGACGUUGCCAUCUAAUUUAAAAUAUAUAAAAUAAAUAAUUGUCGAAUUAA